GUACACAAAGAUUUAGAAUUAGAAAUUCUAAAACAAUAAGAAAACCGCAAAAACAUACAACAAAUAAAGUUGGGAAAAUAAUUAGAAAUGACUAAUUAUGAAGUGCUUCCAGAUAUUACAAGCAAUAAAAGUCUACAAAAGGUGGAUUCGAGCCAAGCAAUUGACAACCUUCCUCCUCCCUGAAAAAAAAAUCAAAAAAAUCUAACAUUAAUAGUGUAUUCAGCACAAUUAAGAGAUUUAAUUUCUUAAAUAUAUAUAUUUUUCUCACAGGACCUCUGCCUCAUGCAAUGUGCAACAAAGCCCUUCCUGAACCAGCGAAGCUACGUAUGACUACUCACAUGCUCAGCUAGGCCUGUGCUAAAGUGUUUUCAUGGACUGGGGCCUGAAUGAGUCAGCAGUAUGUACUGAAUGGGACAAGGGUCCUGAGAAUCUGUCCUUAAUUUCUGGCCAAAUUCUGUAAUUACAGGGUAAAUCUUCAGUAAACCCAAAUUUACACAAGUGCAAAUGACAGCACAUUUGGGUCCUUCCUAGACAGAAUGGACAUUGUGUAGUGAAUAAUACAGCAGGGGUUCAGAGGAUUUGUAACUCACUUAGGUCCUGAUCCAAAGCUCAUUUAAAUCAAUGGCAGUGCCACAUCAGAACCUUGGUGUGUAGCAGAAGGAUGGCAGAUGCCAUGUACGUGGGAGAAACACUAGAGAACCUUUGUCUAUAGCAGAAGGAUGGCAGAGAGUCCCUGCACCCUAGUUGUCUGUAGGUUGGAGUGUAGUGCAAGGGGUCCCCCUCACCCAGUUGUCUGUGAGGUACGGGUGAGGGGAGUCCCCCUUGCCCAGUUGUCUGUGGGUCAGGGUGUGGGUGCAGGGACUCCCCCAUGCCCUCCUGUCUGUGGGUUGGGGAUUUUGGUGUAGGGAGUACCCCACACCCAGUUGUUUUUGGUUUGGGGGUGUGGAUGCAGGGAGUCCCCCAUGCCCAGUUGUCUGGGGGUUAGGGGUGUGGGUGCACGGAGUCCCUCAUGCCCCGCUGUAGCAAAACCCCGGCGCAGGAUGUCAGAAGCCCUGUGCUAGGCGGCAGCACCCGCGGCAGGACAGGGUGGUUCGGCGGCUGCCUCGGGGCUCCCCUGAGGUUCGGCCAGACACAUUCGCACACCACGGGAGUCAGUUCUGCCCCAGCUGCCCCGGCACGCUCUGCCUGCAGCGCGGGGGCGGAUCGGCAGGGGGAGCCAUGGGCGGGGGUGCCUGCUUUCCUCCCCGCGGAGACCCCACGGCGGGGCGGGCGCAGCCCCGGCCCCGGCCGCGCUCUCUGCCCCUUGACGUGGCACGGACUCUCCCAUCAGCCAUGUUGUCGCGUCGGCAGCGCGGGGCUGCUGGGUUCAGUGAGUGAGUGAGUCAGGCUGGGGCUGGGACGCUGGCAGAAAUAAGAAAAGAAGUUAACAAUGACAACCUUCCUGGAAUUCAUCCAGCAGAAUGAAGACAGAGAUGGAGUUAGAUUCAGCUGGAAUGUUUGGCCUUCAAGUCGCCUUGAAGCCACAAGAAUGGUAGUCCCAGUGGCUUCCCUCUUUACACCACUGAAAGAGCGUCCUGAUUUGCCUCCCAUUCAGUAUGAGCCAGUUCUGUGCAGUAGGACCACGUGUCGUGCAGUUCUGAAUCCCUUAUGCCAAGUGGAUUAUCGAGCAAAACUUUGGGCUUGCAAUUUUUGUUAUCAAAGAAAUCAGUUUCCUCCUACUUACGCUGGUAUAUCAGAGAUGAACCAGCCUGCAGAACUUUUACCUCAGUUUUCUAGUAUUGAAUAUGUAGUACAGCGUGGUCCUCAGAUGCCUUUGAUAUUUCUUUACGUUGUGGACACAUGCAUGGAAGAUGAAGAUUUGCAAGCCCUGAAGGAAUCCAUGCAAAUGUCAUUAAGUCUCUUACCACCAACUGCUUUGGUAGGUCUUAUUACAUUUGGGAGAAUGGUGCAGGUCCAUGAGCUUGGUUGUGAAGGAAUUUCAAAAAGCUAUGUCUUCAGAGGCACAAAGGACCUAUCUGCAAAACAACUUCAGGAAAUGUUGGGGCUUACUAAAGUAUCUGUUUCACAAGUAGGCCGGGGUCCUCAAGUACAGCAGCCACCACCUUCUAACAGAUUCCUACAGCCAGUGCAGAAAAUUGAUAUGAAUCUUACUGAUCUUUUGGGUGAAUUACAACGGGAUCCUUGGCCUGUUCCACAAGGGAAGAGACCUUUGCGUUCCUCUGGAGUGGCUCUUUCUAUAGCUGUAGGACUCCUUGAGUGUACUUUCCCUAACACUGGUGCACAUAUUUUGAUGUUCAUUGGAGGACCAGGCACUCAAGGACCUGGGAUGGUUGUAGGGGAUGAACUGAAGUUACCUAUAAGAUCAUGGCAUGACAUUGAAAAAGACAAUGCUAAUUAUGUUAAAAAGGCUACUAAGCAUUUUGAAGCUCUGGCUAAUCGUGCUGCUACAACUGGUCAUGUUAUUGACAUAUAUGCAUGUGCACUAGAUCAGACUGGUCUUCUGGAGAUGAAGUGCUGUCCCAACUAUACUGGAGGCUACAUGGUGAUGGGAGACUCUUUCAAUACAUCCUUAUUCAAACAAACCUUUCAGAGAGUAUUUACCAAAGAUAUGCAAGGGCAAUUUAAAAUGGGAUUUGGUGGCACUUUAGAAAUAAAGACCUCAAGAGAAAUCAAGAUUUCAGGAGCUAUUGGACCCUGUGUCUCUCUCAAUUCCAAAGGACCUUGUGUGUCAGAAAAUGAGAUAGGAACAGGAGGUACAUGUCAAUGGAAGAUCUGUGGCCUUAAUCCCAAUACAACCCUUGCGCUGUAUUUUGAGGUGGUCAAUCAGCACAAUGCUCCAAUUCCUCAAGGUGGACGUGGUGCAAUCCAGUUUGUGACUCAGUACCAGCAUUCAAGUGGACAGAGACGUAUCAAAGUAACCACAGUUGCCAGAAACUGGGCAGAUGCUCAGACACAGAUCCAAAACAUUGCUGCUUCUUUUGACCAAGAGGCAGCUGCCAUUCUUAUGGCCAGAUUGGCAGUUUAUAGGGCAGAGACAGAAGAAGGACCUGAUGUACUUAGGUGGCUGGACAGACAGCUGAUACGACUGUGUCAGAAAUUUGGAGAAUAUCACAAAGAUGAUCCAAGCUCCUUCAGAUUUUCAGAAACCUUCUCACUUUAUCCACAGUUUAUGUUUCACUUAAGGAGGUCCCCUUUCUUGCAAGUCUUUAACAACAGCCCUGAUGAGAGUUCAUACUAUCGUCAUCAUUUCAUGCGUCAAGAUCUAACCCAGUCACUUAUCAUGAUUCAACCAAUCCUCUAUGCCUACUCUUUCAGUGGACCUCCAGAGCCUGUUCUUCUCGAUAGCAGCAGCAUUUUGCCAGAUCGCAUUCUUCUUAUGGACACCUUUUUCCAGAUCCUUAUUUAUCAUGGAGAGACCAUAGCUCAGUGGCGCAAGUCAGGCUACCAAGACAUGCCAGAAUAUGAAAAUUUUCGCCAUCUGUUACAAGCUCCAAUAGAUGAUGCCCAGGAAAUUCUCCAUUCCAGAUUCCCAAUGCCCCGGUACAUUGAUACAGAGCAUGGAGGAAGCCAGGCCCGCUUCCUGCUUUCUAAAGUCAAUCCCUCUCAGACUCACAACAACAUGUAUGCCUGGGGACAGGAGUCUGGAGCACCCAUUCUGACUGAUGAUGUCAGCUUGCAAGUCUUUAUGGAUCAUCUGAAGAAACUUGCUGUCUCUAGUGCUGCCUAAAAAUGAUGCAACACAUUACAGACACUGACAAGCUGAACUAUAUUUCGGCUUUUUUUCCUUUUCAUUGUGUCUGCAAACAGAAUGCUGUGAUAUGCACAAGCUGCCUAACUAGAUUUCAAAGUGGUGUAGUUUUCAAGAAAGCAUUUGUUAACAGCAAAUGUCUUAAUGGAAUAUAAUUAGAGGAAAAAGAACAAAGUCUUUUUGGUUACCAUGAUGAUUUAUAUAUAUAUUAUUUUUAGACCAUUGAGGAUAACUUUGAAAUGUGAUAUUUUUUUAAAUGGUUGAGAAUGUGACUCUGCCUUGCACUACAAAGACAUGUUAAACAUUACAAAGGAAGUCUAUAGUGGCACUGGGCUUUCUAGAUUGCCUUGUGACUACUUCUCUUUACUAAUUUUGAACAAAAAGCAAACAAAGAUACAGAAAAAGCAUAUAAAAUAAAUAAUAUAAACUCACUCUUUCUGACUUAGUCUACAGAGUGUUUAGUUUCUUCAAUAAUCAGUUAUGUUUGUGUGGUGAUUAUUUAGGAAAAAAAAUUUCUUUCAAAUAUUGACUUUUUUUAUGUUUGUUUUUUACCUUUGCUUUUUUGGUAACAGAUUGUUUCCUUCCUUUCCAUUUAAAGAAUUUGAGUGCAAUUUAAAAAAAUCAGUUCUUGUCCAAAGCGUAAACCUGACAAUCCACAUUAUAUCUCUGCCAGUAAUUCUACGCUAUUACAGUUAGUACUAUCAAACACUACCAUACAUGAAUAUACUCAAGGCAAAGGAGAAUAAUAUCAAUGCAUUUUAGAUUGUUCUAAGAAAAACCCUACACUACAGUUGUGAAGUGAUUAGAAAUGUAGUCUUGAUUUGUUUUAGCCAGAAAAUUUACUUUUUCCCUAGGAUACAUAGAUUUUUUUUGUUAUAGCCUUAUAAUAAUAUUUACUCUGGUGUGUGGCACUACACAUAUGCUUUUUUGUUUCUGCUUCCUUUUUGUUAUAAAUUCAGUAGGCUGCAAAUUUUUGUCGAAACAGUAUUAUGCAUUAUAUGCCAUAAUUGUAAUAAAUUUAGUGAUACUCUGUUCUUGAUUUUUUUUUUUUUUGUAAAUUAAUGUGUUCACAUUUACUGUUUAAAGUUUACAUAUGGAACAGAUGUUUACAUUGCUGAUGUUAUUUUGACAAGCAAAAAUGUAAAAUUUGGUAGUGGAUAAUAAGAACAUGUUAUACAAUGACUGAAGGAAGAGAGAUAAUUUUGACCUACAAAUCCAGUUAUAUGCUCAUGAGAUAGGCAUGAGUUCUCCUGUUUGUCUGUAAAUUCUGUAAAACUUGAUGAAAUCAAUAGCUCUUAGUUUUAUUUCCUUAAUUUUCUUUUAUCUAAAUGAGAUUAUAUCCAGGCCAAAAGAAGCUCAAAUAAAGCAUACCUUUUCUCUCA